AUGGCGGCGCUAGUCAGAACGUCGGUAGACUCGAGACAAUGAGGAGGUGUGUAGUUGUCUUUUAGCCAUGUUCUGCCGUUGGAUUCGCGAUAGUGUUGUGGAAAAAUGAGGACAUUAUAUGCUCGUGCAGCAAUCGUGUGAAGAAACUACACUGGGUUUUUGUACGCGUCGGAGUCUGUGACACCCGCUGGCCCAAUGGAGCCGCGUAUUCUUCCUAUCCCGUUGGCUUUGUUGACAUUCAUCGUAUUGGCUAAUGCAGGUGGAUUGUAUUUUACUAUCGAGCCACAAGAUGUAGUGGUUGAACAGGAAAGUCCUGCUAGAUUAGAUUGUGAAGCAAAAAGUGAUUUUGGAAAACCCAGUAUACAGUGGAGAACUGACGAUGGACAACCGAUUAAUUUUAUUGGAGAUAGUUACCGAUCUCAAUUAGCUAAUGGAUCUUUGUAUAUAAAUAGUGUUAGGAAUAGUAGUCUGGUAUUGACUGGAAGCUAUCAAUGUUUAGCUUCUGUAGAUGAUGUUGGGGCUAUUGUUUCUCGAACUGCCACAAUUAAAAUUGCAAGUUUGCCAGGAUUUGAAAGAGAACCUCAAGAUACUAUGGUUUAUCCAGGACAAAUUGCAUAUUUAAGUUGUACACUUCUCACAUCCUCCAGUUCAUUGAUUAUACAAUGGUUAAAAGAUGAACAUCCAUUGCUGCUUGAUGAUAGAAUGACAAUUUUGCCAUCAGGUGCAUUAGAAAUUGAUGAUGUUAAUAUACAAGAUAUUGGAUCAUACAGGUGUAGUGCUAGUAGUUAUGGACAAUCUAGACUCAGUAAUAAAGCACAAUUAGGAUUGUUAACAAGUGAUAUUGAUCAAGAAAGUACUCCACCAGUCUUUAUUGCUAAGCCAUUACAACAAAUGACUAUUGAAGAAUCAACAGUCACACUUGAGUGUGCUGCCAAUGGCUACCCAAAACCAAGUAUACUUUGGUUGAAAGAUGGUGUUGCCAUUGAUUUAACAUCUUUUCAAUCUAGGUACAGUAGAGUUGCUGCUUCCAGUCUUGUGAUAAGUAAUGUUCAAGAAAUAGAUGAUGGUUCUUAUCAAUGUCGUGCAGAAAAUGAAGUUGAAACAUUAGAUGCAGCUGCUGAUUUAAUUGUACAAGUUCCACCAAGAUUUAUUAGAAAGCCAGAAGAUAAGGUAGCUAGUGAAAAUCAAGAUUUAGAAUUUGAAUGCGAAAUUUAUGGCAAACCAGAACCGAAAAUUACAUGGCUCAAAAAUGGAGAACGUAUUACCUUAAGCGCAUACUGGCAAAUUGUGAAUGGUUACAACCUUAGAAUUAACGGCCUACUACUGAUAGAUGCUGGAAUCUUCCAAUGCAUAGGAACAAAUUCUGCUGGAAGUGUACAAGCUGCAGCACGUUUAACAAUUAAUCAGCCUAAAAAGGCAAAUCCCCAUAAAUCAACUACCCCAAAGACAGUUCCUAAAAAGAAGUUACUAUUGCAUCGGCAAUUGUAUAAUAAAACGUGGCAGCACCCAAGUACCCUUUUAGGUCACACAAUGUCUGCAUUUACCCCCAAUCCACCACUUUCCAUUGGUCCCUCUGAUGAUCCUGCAGAUCUGCCUGGAUCUGUUAAAUUUCCUAAUUCCCUUUACGACCCAAAAUCCCAUUUUGUAGAUGACACAGACAGUUUGGAGUCAAUAGAAGGAAGUGUCCCGUCAGCACCAAGGAAUUUAAGUCACGUCAUUGUCACUGCUAGAUUCGUAACUUUACGGUGGCAAGAACCCGAGAAUAGAAAUGGAGAGAUUCUAAAUUACUAUAUUUAUUACAAACAAGAAGGUGUUCAAAGAGAACGAGUUACUCAUAGGCAACAAAAAUUAGAGGCAGUAAUACAGGGUUUACAACCAAGUAUGACGUAUCAAUUUCGAGUGGUCGCCGUGAAUGAAAGAGGGAUGUCCGGAAUGUCCAGCGAAAUAUUACAAGUUACCACACUUACUGAGGCCAAUGUCCCUGGACCUCCACUGAAUUUAGAGGGACAUGCUACAAGCAGUGUGAGCAUUGCGUUAUCUUGGGAAAAGCCACAAGUAGUCAAUGGAAGAAUUUCUAAAUACAUAAUUACAUUUGUAGAGGGUGACAAUGAGGACAUAACGCGUGAAACUACUAGUACGAUGCACGAAUUAGUAGAUCUCGUGCCUUAUACGGAAUAUAGUAUUAAAGUUCAGGCUGUAAAUGAGAACGGUCCUGGCGUGUUUAGUAGAGAUAUCGUAGUCCGGACUUAUAGUGCACAACCUACUCAACCACCACACAAUGUUACAGUAGAACCAGUUAGUCCUACAAGUAUUAUAAUAAGAUGGGAACCGCCACUCGAAGGACAAAAUGGAAUUGUCACUGGUUAUAAAAUUCGUUAUCGUCGUUACGAUCGCGGUUCACAGCCGGUAACUAUAACAACUGAAGGAAAUCAACGUUCACGAGUACUCACUGGACUUGAAAAACAUGUUGUCUAUCAAGUUCGUAUAUGUGCCUUAAACGUUAAUGGAACUGGACCUUGGACAGAAUGGAUACAGAUAGAAACAUACGAAACCGAAUCUGAUGAAAACCGAGUGCCAAAUACACCCAGCAACUUAAGAACAAAAGUAAUGUCUGAUUAUAUACAAGUUUUUUGGAAUCCACCGAAAGAUCAAAGUAUUAAAGUAAAGGGAUAUAAACUUGGAUGGGGAAAGGGAGUCCCUGAUGUUGAAGUUCGACUUCUUGAUGGAAAAGAACGGUCUUUUACUAUAGAUCAAUUAGAACCAAUCACUGAGUAUGUUAUAUCACUAAGAGCAACGAAUGAUGCUGGCGAUGGUCAACCAGCAUAUGCAAACGUGAGAACUACGGAACGUUCUGUAUCUGAAUUUUCUGUGCCUUUACUACCACCUGUUGGUCUUAAAGCCGCUGUUCUGUCUGACACUACAGUCGUACUAUACUGGACUGAUACAACCUUGCCAAAAACUCAAUUCGUAACGGAUAAUCGAUAUUACGUAGCACGUUAUACGUCACAUCAUCAUAGCAGCAACCCUCGUUAUAAAUAUCAUAAUGCAACUGAUCUUAAUUGCAUGAUAAAUGAUUUAAAACCCAAUACGAUAUAUGAAUUUGCAGUCAAGCUUGUUAAGGGAAAACGAGAAUCGCUAUGGAGUAUGGUUGUUACGAAUCAAACUCAAGAAGCUGCACCUAGUUCCGCGCCCAGGGAUUUGAUGAUUCAGAGUAUCGGAGACCGUCCAACUUCAGUUUUAGUGCGUUGGCAACCUCCUAAACAACCAAAUGGACCAAUUACAGGAUAUAUUACUUUUUAUUCGAUUGAUAAUACGAAAUGGGAUCGUGAUUGGUUAUUGGAAGCCGUAGUUGGAGAUAAAACUGAGUGCAUUGUGAAGGGCCUCCAACCAAGUACAACCUACUACUUCAAGAUCCAAGCACGGAAUUCAAAAGGAUACGGUCCUUUUUCUACAACUGUUCCAUUCAAGACGCCUCAAAGCAGUGGUAUGGAUGUCUAUGAUGAAUUGCAUGAUCGAGAUGGACGUGGACUUUCAAAUUUCUUAAUCUAUGUUAUUGUGGGUUCUUCUAUUGUUUUAACCACUGGUAUAACAGUGGUGGUUGUAAUUGUAUGUUGCAAGCGCAAUCCAGAUUCGCCUGAUAGGAAGAAAGGAUACAUGAAAGACACAAAUCAAAAAACAAACAUUAAACCGCCCGAUUUAUGGAUUCAUCAUGAUCAAAUGGAAUUGAAAGCUCUUGAGAAAUCUUCAAUAAAUGGAGAGGCAUCUACUAGCGGUGUAGCUAGUAAUACCUUACCUAGGUCAAAUAACCAGGAUUAUAAUCAAGAGAAUGUGCAUGGAAAUUCUAGUUCAUUGGAUAAACGUACUUACGUACCAAGUUACAUGGGUAACACUGAUGAGAAGUGCUCAACCCUGAGUAGACAACAUAGUCGAGGAAGCCAUAAACCUAAACUCAUUACACUUCCCGUUGACAGUGCAUCUUUACAUCAACCUAUAGCGACGGCCACACCGAUUGUAAACACAAGCAUGUCACAGCCAACAAUUCAUACAUCAUGCAGUGAUACGCCAUCCGUGAGACAGAAUUAUCCUCGAACUGUAGCACAAUACAGUUUAAGUCGAGCACACAUUACUUUAGAACCAACACCGGAAUCGAGUCCAGACUCUUGUAAUAUUUCAACUUCGUAUGAACCAAUGCAAAGUCAACAAUUAUCAUAUGGUACAAGUGGUCAGUCCUAUAGUGGAAAUACUCAAUACGCUUCAGGACACUAUAGCAAUAAUAAUCAACCAUCAAGUGUAGGUGGUGGAGUUGAUGGUGGUAGCGGUAGUAAAAGGAUGCAGGGACAUCCUUUGAAAAGUUUUAGCGUGCCAGCACCUCCACCUCAGUCUGCACCUUCAACACCAGCCCAACAAAAACACGGCGUUUCUCAAGUAACAGUAAGACCUACAAUGUCUGGAAGUCCAUACAAGAAACCACAAAGUUCUACACAGUUAGCAAAGAAUAGAUUAGCCUCAGUUUCAAAUCCGGUGCACACUUCGGAAGAAGUUGAACGGUUGAAGCCUUCUUACAGUACAGAAGAAUUAAAUCAAGAGAUGGCUAAUUUAGAAGGCCUUAUGAAAGACCUAAAUGCCAUAACAGCAUCUGAAUUUGAGUGCUAGAAGAGGUUCCUAAACCUUGUGCCAUCUCAAUUCAAUAGACUGCAAUGAUACAUUCUCAAUGUUAGUACCUGAGAAAUAGAUGUAACAAUUAUGUUACACGUCGAAACUCUUGACGAAGUUUAUACGCAAAAAAAAAAACAUAAUUGGCAGUGUAUAAUCGAUGACCGAUGAACGGCCCCGAUAUCGAACUUUUUGAACAAUUCAUUUGAAAGCUGUAAUCCCAGUGAUAUUGGACUAGAACGAGUUCUUUCCUAGUCAAUUUGCUUUUUCCUCUGGUACUAACGUUGCUUUUUACGAUAAAAUGCAAAGUAUACUUGCCAAUGUAUUCUGACACUGCCACAUUCUUGUAGCGAAUUUGUAUUUUGCAAGAACGUUGAGUAGUAUGGUUUGAAAGUGUUGAUGAAAGAAUUGAACAUUUUAUUACGGACUUUUAACGGUGUAUUUUUGUGCAUACGGUGUGUGCAAGUCAAUCUAAAUGGAAGGAAAUGGUAAGUUCGAUUCUUAUCGAUGAUCUUUCAACGCGAAUAGAUUAUGUUAAAUUAAUAAUUCAAUGAAUUCACAGCGAAGAGAAACGGUUUGAAUGUUUUUUCAAUUUUUAUAUGUGAGAAAAUGAUGGGUAAUUUCGCGAUUAUCUUUUAUAUGCAUCAUAAAAAAAGUAACGAUCUUGCCUAAAAAAGCGAAAAACAAAAGAAUUCGUAUUGCAUCCAAAAACUCACGCGCUCUUUGCCAUGAUUUUGUAACUUAUACUCAUAAGAGAGAGUACAUUUUAUAUAUCAGUAAUAUCGACUGCCAUACUUACGCUUAGGAUGGCUAGAUCACGUGAGUCUCUUAAUCGAACAAUUAAUGGUUCAUUACACAUAAGGCGGACAGUAGGAAUAUAUUUUCUAUUUUUUUAUCCGUCAGAAUGUUUUUCAUAACAUUUUAUCAAUGUUCGAUAAUAGGUUUUAUACGGUAUGGUACUUUCAAGUUAGUUAUUUUAGUAUUAGUUGAUUAAAAUACAAUAAAUCAUCAAGAAGUUUUACUAAUUUUAUAUUAUUUAUAAAAUGUAUUAAACGUUGCCUGUAAUUUGACGAAUUAUAUUUAACAGGCUGAAAUAUUUUUCAUUUAUACAAAAUCUCAACGUUUUUGAACACUGUGUAAUGGCCUUAAAACAUUUUUGUAUUAAGUUGACCUAUACUCAGUGGCUUUGGCAGCUUAAUAAGGAACUUUGUUCCUAUUUACGGAAGAACGUACGCGUAUACUUUUAAAGCAACAAUGUAGUAUUACGAUCUCAUUGAGAAAUUAUUUUAGGGUUACAAGUGAACAUCGAGUAUGGGUAUUAUAAUAAGCUGUAUAGCAUACGAGAAUUAAGAAUUUGAAUAUCGCGCGUCUUGUCGUAAGAAUCUCAUGUAUCGAUUACACGAUACGUUUUCAGCGAGAUAUCGAUAGUAUCGAUAGUGUUUAUAUAUUUAAAAUUUCGAUAGUUCGUUUAACUUUUAAAUAAGCAUUAUGUUUUUAACGUCCAGUUAAGGUACGUAAGUCGGUCUAAUUAAUAGAAUUAAAUUAAAUUUUAGAGUCGUUUUUGCAAACUAUUUUUUAUGCAAUAUUUAGAAAUUGUUUGUAAGUACUAUAUGUUAUUUCGUUUGAAUAGAUUUCAACAGCACAUCUAUUGAUGACUUGCAAUAGUGCAGGUACUUUGCAAGAAAUGAAAACAAUCGAAUUUCUCUGUCAUAUUCGAAACGAUGACGACGGACAGAUUGUCACAUAGGAUAUUAAAGCGGCAGUUCUUUGACCAUAUCCGUCGAAACACAUAGUUAAUACAUAUUUCCUUCCAAUGCUAGGAAUCUGCUACGUAAUAAAUUUUUUACAAUGUUUUAUUGCGAUAUAUACGCAGGUCUCUUUAGUAUUAAUAAAAGAGAGACUUUGGAAGAUGCAGGAUAAAAGUAAUGAUUCUAACUUGAGACAUAUAAGAAGAAAUGCGAUCAGGUAAUUUCUCAUGUAGUAUUCCGUAUUAUACCACCUUUUUAAGCACUUUUGUAUUUUCUUAACGUUGAAUAUAAUUGUACAAAAGUCCAACGCGUAAAGGACAAUGCACCAAGACUCCCGUUGCGGCAAAGCCUAAUAUGGAAAAUAGUACAAAGCAAUAUGUGAUACUCUAUUGUUUGUGAUGCAAUGCCAGUCGUGAAUUAUACGAAAGAAAUCAUCGGCUCGUCCAGAGUAUUACAUAUUACUCGAAUAUUUGCUGCUAGACGGGAAGUAUACCAUUCAUCUUGAGCAACGCGAAGCGAACUUCUUUUAUCGUCGGCUUAGCUCUGAUUAGAGAGUUAUUCAAACUAGUAUUAAGAUAUAUGUAUUCGCGACAAUGCACGAUUUCGAUUCAUUCUCAUCUCCUGUCUCGAAUAUUACAGUUUUCUUGGAUAGAGAAAAUAUUACGAACAAAGUGGCUGUACGCUUAAUAGAGCAAAAAUAAUUCUAAAUAAUUUUCGAAUGUUUUUCGUUUAUGUCGAAAUCGGAGAUAUUUUAUAAAUGUUUUAAGAUUGGCACAAUGGAACUGUGUGAGUACAUGUGAGCUAUACCGAUAAGAAAAGAACCGCUUGUAUAUUAAAUAUAUAUAUAAAAUUUGUAACUAUUGCGUGAUUCAAAGGGCGAUUUAGCUCUUUGUAAUUAAAAAGAAAGGAACGGGCCUAUAAAAAGGCCUGCAGAAAUAUUUUACCACAAAAGUAUAGUAGAUAUAUAUAAAAUAUAUAUUUAUCUAUGUAAAAUUAUUAUUUAUUGAUUUUUAUGUAUACUGAAAAUAUUGAGGAUAAAUGAAUAUUGCAAGAUGCUA